GGAGGCAGAGAGAUAAGAGUUGGGUGUCAUCCACAUACAUGUGGAAGUAAUUGUGUAAUGGUAAACAGGAUGAUCGCAAGCUUGAUUUCGAUGCAGCUGAUGGGGUGGAUAGGUUGCUAUUGCACAAAAUGUCAAAGGCAGCAAACUGUGCACUUGUUCAUUGGAGUCAAAAUGUCCCUCAACCUCACCAAAAGUCAACGCAAGCUUCAUUAAUCUUUAACCAUCAUGAGAGCGGUCAAGGCUUCAGCUCCGAGUGCCAUUAUGUCAUCGAGAAACUAAGCCGAAAAAAACUAUUCAAAACCUCAAAACAAAAGUGAGCAGCGGCGAAAACAGAAGCGUCUGGGAACACUCGGCAGGUCAGGCCGCGUUCUGCGGGGAGAGAGAAGAAAGUGUGAGUUAACGUUUCAGGUCGGUGACCUCUCGUCAGGGCAGAUCAGGUUUGGCACGGGAAGGCACUUGCCUGGAAUUCCUCAGUCGAUCAAUACUUUUAUCUCGCGUUACCUGAGCGCUGUGACAGCACGGCUUCGUUUCAGCUGGGGGGAAAGAGCGCGACUUGCAUCGAAUCAGUCAACGAGAGAGAGAGAGCGAGAGAGAGACAGAGAGAGCCUCACUAUAAAUGAAGUGAAUGGACAAGAGCAGUGCCUGACAAUGUUUCAUGCCCUUCCUUCUAACAAGAACAGCAGCCAUCGUUAAUUGACACUGUAAGGCUUUUUUUUUUGGGUGGGUGUGUGGUUCUCUCAUCUUGUGAAAGGGGGAAACCUCCUCGAGACGAUGAACCAAAGGAUGAUUCUGACUCUCUCCUGUUUUCUUUACUCAGGAGUCAUCAGGGCUGUCACCUUAGCGUUGGCCAAAGAGCCAAAGCACAUUUCGAGAAGCUUGUCCGUCUCUGAGACGCGGAGAGAAGAUGAGAUCUUCCUUGAGAUGGCCAAGAGAUAUAUCCUGCAGAGAUUGGACAUGAAGGACCGCCCGGACACCAGCAAUGUGACUCUCAAGUCAGCACAAGUGUCCGUCCUGAGGAGGCUUCACACUGGGACCCUUUUGAGCGAUGGCUCUGUCGAUGAUUUUAGCUCUGAAUUAAGAACUGAGCGCAGCCAAGGCUCCAGGGAACACACUCACCAAAUCAUCACCUUUGCCAAAUCAGUUUGGGUUAGCCCGACGGAGACCAAACUGAGCUUCCUCUUAUCGAACGAAGGCAAUGAGGGGUCUUUAACGGUAGUCCAGCAGGCGGAGCUGUGGGUCCACUUCAAAUCCUUCCCCCCCGAACCGUACCCCGGCCCCAGCCCAGGGAGGGACCAGCAGACGAUCUCCCUGAAGAUCUUCCUGAAACGACAAGGCGGUGUGAGCCGCACGCUCAUCUGUGACAGACGCUUCGAGGUGAACGCCAACGCCUGGCACGCCUUUCCCGUGACGGACGUGGUGCAGGAUUUCCUGGAGAAGCGGGAAUACCUUCUGGACUUCGAGCUGGAAUGCCGGGUGCGGGGUAACAACGGGAGCGUCGGUCCAUUCGGCCUCGACGUGGACGACCAAGCCAAGCAGCCCUUCCUGGCGUCCCGUCUCCGCGUCUCCCAGCGCAUCUCCCGUCUGCGGAAGAGGGGCAUUGAGUGCGCGGAGAAGCUGAACCUGUGUUGCCGGAGGGAGUUCUACGUGGAUUUCCGCGCCAUCGGCUGGGACGAUUGGAUCGUGGUGCCCAAGGGCUACCACGCCAACCACUGCCUGGGCACCUGCCUGCCACACAUGGCCGGUGCCCCCAGCGUGGCCUCUUCAUACCACGCCACCGUCACCAACCUGUACAAGAUCAACAACCUUCAUCCCGUCCUGACACUGAACUCGUGCUGCGUUCCCACCAGGAGGAGCGGUCUUCCCAUGCUCUACUUUGACGAGCAGCGACGUAUCAUCCGGAGGGACAUUCCCGAUAUGGUCAUCGAUGAAUGUGGCUGCGCUUGACCCGUCUGAUCCCCCCCACCCCCAAUCAGCGGUCGGGCUUUCAGCUUCUCUGCCCC